AUGAGCUCAACUACAGAAUUCCCUCGCAUCAAGGAAGUCCGCACCUUCAUCAUUGACGGUGUUGGAUCUGGCGGUGAUUACCACAAUGUGAAAGGAGGCCACUGGCUGGUCGACAGCAACAUCUCUACCCCCAUGACCAAGUGGGCACAAUUCCGUGGAUCACGCACAUCCUGGGGUAUCAACGUUUUAGGAUCAUUCUGUGUUGAGAUCGAAGCUACCGAUGGCACCAAAGGCUUUGCCACUGGUUUUGGUGGUCCCCCUGCAUGCUGGCUCACCCAGCAACAUUUCAACCGAUUCCUGAUCGGUGCUGAUCCCCGCGACACCAAUGACCUCUUCGAAAAGAUGUAUCGCGCCUCCAUGUUUUACGGUCGCAAGGGCCUUCCUGUCGCUGUGAUUUCAGUCAUCGAUCUUGCCCUGUGGGAUCUGCAGGGUAAGAUCCGCAAGGAGCCCGUUUACAAGAUGAUUGGUGGUGCGACUCGCUCAAGGCUCGACUUCUACUGCACUGGUCCCCAGCCUGGCUCCGCUAAAGCUGCGGGCUUCAUUGGUGCCAAGGUCGCACUGCCACACGGACCCGACGAGGGCACCGAGGGUCUUCUUAAGAACGUUGAAUACUUGCGUCAGCAGCGCGAGAAAGUUGGGGCUGACUUCCCGCUUCGCGUGGAUUGCUACAUGUCUCUGACUGUCCCCUACACUAUCCAGCUUGUCAAGCGUUGCGAGGCCAUUGGUCUCGAUAUUGAUUGGUGGGAGGAGUGUCUGUCUCCUGAUGACUUCGACGGCCAUGCUCUUCUUAAGCGCGCCCACCCGACGGUCAAGUUCACCACAGGAGAACACGAAUACUCUCGCUAUGGCUUCCGCAAGCUGAUUGAGGGUCGCAACCUCGACAUCCUUCAGCCUGAUGUGAUGUGGGUCGGUGGAAUGACUGAGCUUCUCAAGGUCUCUGCCAUGGCUGCCGCCUAUGACUUGCCUGUCGUUCCCCAUGCUUCUGGUCCCUACUCCUACCAUUAUGUUGUCUCUCAAACAAACUGCCCCUUCCAGGAAUACCUGGCAAACUCCGCUGACGGUCACACUGUCGAGCCUGUGUUCGGUAACCUGUUCUUGAAUGAGCCCAUUCCCACCAAGGGCUAUCUUGAUGUCUCUGUUUUGGACAAGCCCGGAUUCGGUCUGGAGCUAAAUCCCGCUGCUCCUUUGAUCCCUGCUGCUUCCAUUCUCACUCCAGCGCCUCAGAAGUCUCUCCGAGCCCCCGGCAAUGAAGAGGCAGUCAACGGCUCUGCCUAA